AUGUAUCUUAUGAACGAUAAUAUAGUUUAUUUUAUUGAAUUUGAAUUAGUUUCGUUAAAUUCUUUGAGAAUUGUUAUAACUUUAUUAUUCGAUUGGAUAAGUUUAUUAUUUAUAUCUUUUGUUUUAAUAAUUGCUUCUUUAGUUAUCUUUUACAGAAAAGAAUAUAUAAGUAGAGAUGAGAAUAUUAAUCGAUUUAUUAUAUUAGUUUUGAUAUUUGUUUUAUCAAUAAUAAUAUUAAUUAUUAGUCCUAAUUUAAUUAGAACUUUAUUAGGUUGAGAUGGUUUAGGAUUAGUUUCUUAUUGUUUAGUUAUUUAUUUUCAAAAUGUAAAAUCUUUUAAUGCUGGUAUAUUAACAGCAUUAUCGAAUCGUGUAGGAGAUGUAGCUCUAUUAUUGGCUAUUGCUUGAAUAUUAAAUUAUGGAGGUUGAAAUUAUAUUUUUUAUUUAGAAGUUAUAAAAAAUGAUUAUGAAAUAUUAAUAAUUGGGUUUUUAGUUAUAUUAGCUGCUAUAACUAAAAGAGCUCAGAUUCCUUUUUCAUCUUGAUUACCAGCUGCUAUAGCUGCCCCUACCCCUGUUUCUGCGUUGGUUCACUCUUCUACUUUGGUUACAGCUGGGGUAUAUCUUUUAAUUCGGUUUAAUAUUUUAUUAAGAACUUCUUGAUUAGGUCAAUUAUUAUUAUUAUUAUCUGGUUUAACUAUAUUUAUAGCUGGUUUAGGAGCUAAUUUUUAAUUUGAUUUGAAAAAAAUUAUUGCUUUAUCAACUCUUAGACAAUUAGGAUUAAUAAUAAGAAUUCUUUCUAUAGGAUUUUAUAAGUUAGCUAUAUUUAAUUUAUUAACUCAUGCAUUAUUUAAAGCUUUAUUAUUUAUAUGUGCAGGUGCUAUUAUUCAUAAUAUAAAUAAUUCUCAGGAUAUUCGUUUAAUAGGAGGCUUAAGAAUUCACAUACCCUUGACUUCUGCUUGUUUUAAUGUUUCUAAUUUAGCUUUAUGUGGUAUACCUUUUUUAGCCGGGUUUUAUUCAAAAGAUAUAAUUUUAGAAAUUGUCAUAAUUAGUAAUAUUAAUUUAUUUUCAUUUUUUUUUUUUUUCUACCGGGUUAACUGUUAGUUAUUCUUUUCAGUUAGUUUACUAUUAAAUAACUGGUGGUUUAAAUUGUGGUAGUUUAAAUAUAUUAAAUGAUGAAAGAUUAAUUAUAUUGCGUGGUAUAAUAGGGUUAUUAAUUAUAAGAAUUAUUGGGGGUA